AGUUGUUUAAUUUUGUUUAUUCAAUGGAUGCUUUAUAAAGCCGCUCUGUGAACAGCACAAACUGCUCUGUUUUCACGUUCCCAACAAGUUUAUUCUGUGUAACAUAGAAACAUCAAAAGGGUUCAAAGAAAGCAAAACUUUUAACUGAAGCAUACUGUGAUUGAAUCAAUCUAAUCCAAUCUCAAUUUGUGGGUCACACGGGGGAAAACACAGAAGAUACUGAGCGUGUGAUAAAAAGGUAGUCAGAUUGUGAAAGUCCUGAGUGUCCGAGUCAAUAAAACCUCACUAGUCACAAGCUGACAAGCAGUGGGAUUUCAUUCAGUUUAAAACCCCGAUCCCCAAAUCUCUCCUUUCAAAUUAUCUGGCUUUCUUUACAGCAAGCAGAUUGAAUAAAGUCACAGCCCAAGUCUGCUCUCCCCACCUCUUCUACACGAUGCCUCACCGUCACUGCACCGUGGAGAUCAGGAACAACACAAACUCUUACACUCUCUCCUACCCAAGAGUCUACACCGAGAGCGGCUUCUGUGAGGUCCCUCUGCCUCCAGCGGUUGGCCCUUGCUCUGCGGUCAAGGCGCACUUCAACAAGACCAAAGGCGCAGCGACCGGAGCUGUUGGCGUCUUUACUUACGACCUUUUCAAUUUCGAGUUGAACGACUACAGCCACAUCAUGGCCGUCAUGUUCUCUGUGCCUUAUGACAGAAUCCUUUACUCCAACUGGUUUGCUGUAGGAAUCUUUAAUAAAGGUAAAAACUGUGACCACAGUCUGUUUGACAAGAUGUACAAUGGAGGCGAAAUAGGCUUUGCCAGAGGAAAGGCUGAUGAAUCUGGCAUUUUUUACGAGGGCGACUAUGUUAUUCUCAGUGCCUCCAUGACGGAUUCUGGUGAAGCCAUCCUCACAGUGGAGGUCAAUGACACUGGCUUGUAUUAAGUCUUUCUGCUGUGUAAACUGAUUCUGAUCAUCUGUAAUCCUAAUAAAGAAAUAAUUGAUACAGUU